UUUCAGAAGUUGUCUCGGAUUUUUCGCGCUAGAUCACACCAACAAUAGCCCCAACAUAACAAGACAAUUCAAUAGUGCUCGCACAUAUCAGUGUUGGUACAAUGGGCAGUUUGUCCACCACAAUGACCGAUAAUUAAUGGCCCAACAUACCAAUUAAAACAGGAAAUCGUAGUAGUUAAAAACCUGAUUAUUUCAACACCUACCGAUUUGCUCCAAAAGGAAAUACAGAAUUUAGGACAUAAAAUACUAAUAAUAAAAAUGCAACAGUUAAAAUUGAACAACCCAUGAAAAACAAUGACAUCGUAAAAUGUUAUAGAUGCCAACAAUUUGGCCACACUAAAACAUAUUGUAGAAAGCUAUUGAAAUGCGGCUUAAAUCACCAUACAAUUAAAUUCAAAAAGAUGAAAAUACUCCUCCACAAUGUUGUAAUUGUUUACAAGCACACACUGCUUACUAUAGAGGGUGUACAAUUUACGAGGAACUCCUAAAGAAAAGAAAUUUUGUUAAAAAACGUAAUAAUAACUAUUAUACUGAUCAAAAAGCAGAAUUUAAUAUUAAUUCUCAAAAUUUUCCAAAUAUUAAUGGUAAUUAUGGAAUAAAUAGUAGUUACAAUGAUCACAAUCACAACACAUAUCAAUACUCUUAUUCUUAAGCUGUAAAAAAAACAGCAAUCAAUACGAAAAUCUUUCUACUUCUUUCCAAAGAAUAGAAGCACUAAUGGAAAACAGAUUGAAACUACCACCACUUUAUUAAACACUAGCUAUACCCAGUGUGCUUCGCUACAUCGUAAUGGAAUAAAAUAGUGGAGUGAUAAGAUAAAAUAGCACUGAAUAUCUGCGGAUAAAAAAGUCGAGUUUAAAAAAAAGAAAAAUAAUAAUAAACAAAUACAAAGCGCAGAAUUUCUUCAAGGAAAACAGUGGUGUAAUAAAAUACGAGAAAAAAAACACAUUACUUCGCCUAGAAGAAAAAUUUGCCAGAAUAGCAUCCAGCAACAAUUAAAUACUGGUGUCUCAACAACAACAACUCUUCAAAGAAACUGUCUCAGGGAAACGGCACACAACAAGGGUUUCUAGUACAAGUAUUUUUGCGGGGAAACGAUGGAGAAGCGCCCACGUUGUCAUAUUUGCCGCGUCAACCAUCCCCUGCAGUAUUGCAAGCCUUUUAGAGUGCUCAGUGUGGGUUUGCGCUGGAAAUCAGCACGAGUUAAGGGAUUUUGCCUUAACUGCCUCGAGUACAAUCAUUUCCGGAAAGAGUGUCCGUCGACAAAGCGAUGUGCAGCGUUAGUUAACGGGCAGCCUUGCAAUGCUUUCCAUCACACACUGCUCCAUCCAGAACCAACGGAAAAGGACGUACUUGCUGCACCUCAUCGCGAGAAAACUGUGAACUCUCAACUGGAGGAUAUUCGAUUGGUGGAUGAACUUCAUCUUGAAGACACCCCCAGUACCGUAAAAAAGGAAUUCCUUAAUGCAGCGACCAAUACUCCGACUCAUCACAAAAGAAUUUCAGUCAGCCAGGGCACCCAAACUUUACCACGAGCAAACCAUCACAAGUUUUCAACCCCAGUCAGGAAAAUAGUGGCAACACAGACACCGAUAAUGGCAGCUUGGCCAAUCCAGCCUAUCGUGCGGGUGAAUCUUAAUUUUAAAGGAGCGAAGAUGUUCACCGAAUUUCUGUUAGACAGAAAAGCGGAAAAUUCAUAUAUCCUGUGGGAUGUGGUUAAAAUACUGCCAGAAUUUAGGCCAAUAAGACUUAACGGGCAAAUAUUUGGUCGGUUUAGAUUGGAGCCAAGUUUUCCCCAUACCGAACAAGAUUCGUUUGUGAUGGACCUACCCAUAAAGGAACGCCUGGACGUCAAUAUGCCGGACCCUAUUUUGGAUGCUUCUUUGCUUCAGCAUUUUAAACAAUACGAGCCUCUGGCGCAUCCUUUUUUUGAUACCUGGCGUGAGGUUGACGGAGUCUUGGGGAGUGACGUCGCUCGUAAAAUAUUAAAGCCCGAUAUUGAGCAGUCGUCCCUUGAUUUACCAAUAUCCCAAUUAUCAACAUUUGGCUGGAUCGUGUCUGGAGUGUGGAGGGGAUGCUCUUGCCACUCUCAGGGGGGGAGCAUGUUGAAGCGACUUCAACUUUAUUUUUAUUUCGUUUUUUUUUUGUAACCAUUUUUUUCUUCCGUGUAAAGAGAGUGCACUCAAAUUUUCUUUUAUUUAACUUGAGUUUUUUUUGUAUAACUGAGUAUAUUUGAACUUUUUUAUUUUUGUCGUUAAAGACCUUCUGGUCGUUUUUAGUUUUAGAGUUUAAGUUUAACUUUCAAAGAAGCAAGAAGCUUAAUAAACCUGAAUUUCAACUAA